AUGAUAGCCUAUUCACGCGCAACAAAUAUGGGAACUGCUCCUUUUUGGACUUUUGCCAUAGUAUAUUAAAUACUUGUCUUGGAUAUAAUUACUACAGGAAGUCUGUUUUGGUCAUAAAGGAAUUUAAAUGUACAUAGGGAGAAGAGAAAAGAGUUGUAUUCGAAAUAUUGA